UAUUUCUCUCGCCUCGUUAGUUAAGUGCGCUCAGUUCUUGUUUCGCCACGGUGUAGGAGGCGCGUUGUCGAUCGCAGAGUUCCGACGAUUUUCCGGACUGUUUCCAACUUUGGUGUCUGUGGCUAACCAUCGAUGUGAACAGUUGCAGUUCUGUGAUUCGAUUGUGACAGCCGUAAAUAAGGAUUUGCCACCCGUUUUGAAGUGUGUCUACCAUGUAACCCGUGGAUUAAAUAGAGAAUUGCAUCGAAGUUAUAUCAGGUUGCCAUGGCUUCGCUAGAAACUUCGACGUGGCUGAGGAGCUAACAGUUGCAACGAUGACAAGCUCGAAUAAACAGUGAUCUCGAAAACCCAAUUAGAGAAAAACAAACAAUACCGUGGAUGAAUGCAUCGACUUGAGUAAACCAAAACAGUGCCGUUUCAACAGACAUUAUGAAGUCGACAUUCGUAUUCUUCUUCGCGUUAGUGACGAACGCCAUCGCGUCAUCCAUAAUAUCGCAUCUGGACCCUCUAGAUCAAGAGGGAAAAUGCGAACCAAUAACAAUCCCGAUGUGUAUGGGCAUCGGCUACAAUUCCACAAGAAUGCCCAACGAACUGAACCAUGAAUCUCAAGAUGAAGCAGGGUUGGAAGUGCACCAGUUCUGGCCUUUGGUGCAAAUCAAGUGUUCGCCAGAGCUCAAGUUUUUCCUUUGUUCCAUGUACGCGCCAAUCUGCUUGCCAGCCUAUCAAAAACCACUACCGCCUUGCAGAGGUCUGUGUCAGAGAGCCAGAGAAGGAUGCGAGCCAAUAAUGCUCCGCUACAACUUCAAAUGGCCUGAAAGGAUGGAUUGUGACCUCUUUCCUGUCUACGGCGCAGCCCCCGACGUCUUAUGCAUGGACCAAAACAACGCGAGCAGCUCAACCACAUCCAAACCAGCGUCGAAAGGGAAAAGCUCCAAGUCCUGCAAGGGUUCAAAAAACUGCACAAGUCCCCACGGAGACACAAGAAGAAGCGGAAGGGAGUGCAAGUGCCAUUGCCAAAGUCCGCUGGUUCUCCUGGGGAGAGAGUCAAGCUCCCUAAACCGAAGCGUCGCCGGCAUCGCAAACUGUGCCCACCCCUGCAAGGAGACCUACUUCAAGGCGGACGAGAAGGAGUUCGCCACGUUAUGGAUAACUCUAUGGUCAGCAUUAUGCGCGGCUUCAACCUUAAUGACACUAACUACUUUCUGCAUCGAAACGGAACGUUUCAAGUACCCUGAGAGGCCGAUAGUGUUCCUGUCAGCUUGUUACUGCCUGGUCGCCAUAGGCUACUUGAUCAGAGUUGGAAUGGGACACGAGGCUGUAGCUUGCGAUGGUCCGAUCAUCAAGUACAAUCUAAACGGUCCUAGUGCGUGUUUCUUCGUUUUCUUCCUAGUGUAUUUCUGCGGCAUGGCUUCAUCUAUAUGGUGGGUAGUUUUAUCCUUCACCUGGUUCCUAGCAGCUGGCUUGAAAUGGGGGAAUGAAGCAAUUGCUAGCUACUCCGUCUACUUCCAUUUCUUCGCUUGGUUUAUACCGGCCCUCCAGACCAUAGCAGUUUUACUCUCUAACGCUGUGGAUGGUGAUCCCGUUUCUGGUAUCUGCUACGUUGGCAACAUGAACAUGGAUAAUCUGAGGUCGUUCGUUUUGGGACCUCUUCUGGUGUAUCUCCUUCUCGGUACCACCUUCCUUCUAGCUGGUUUCGUCUCACUGUUCAGGAUCCGAAACGUCAUCAAGAAGCAAGGAGGUAUUGGUGCCAAUUGCAAGACCGACAAGCUGGAGAAGCUGAUGAUUCGUAUUGGGAUAUUCAGCGUGUUGUACACAGUCCCAGCAACCAUCGUUAUAGGUUGUUAUCUGUACGAAAACGCCUUCCACGAGGAGUGGUUGAAGUCCUUGGCUUGUACAUGCCCAAGCACCAGUCUUAUGACCUACAGGGAGAAGCCUUUGUACUCGGUUCUGAUGCUCAAAUAUUUCAUGACCUUAGCUGUAGGGAUAACGUCAGGAGUGUGGAUUUGGUCCGGGAAGACUUUGGACUCCUGGAGACGCUUCUGGAGGCGGUUGUUCGGAAGACCGGAUUUCACUGGCGCAAACGCUGUUUUGAUCAAAAACCGACCUGGUAAACCCCCUCCCCAGUAUCUGGUGGCUGGACCGGGAAGUGCGUCGUUGCUUGGUCCAGCCGGUAGCGUGGCAUCGGCUAGCCAGCACCAUCUACACCACCACGUUCUCAAACAACCUCCAUUGAGUCACGUAUGACAAGCAGGCGAGGGGACCAACGCAGUUUUAGUUUCUCAUGCUACACAAGGAUCGGGACCGUCGCUUAGCAACUAUGGACCCAUUUGAGUGACCGCUUCGGUCCCCUGUCAUUCGGUCACAGCGCUCUAGUCUUCAAUGUGCCAUCUACUUUCCGUUCGCCGAUGGACACUUUUUUUGUACAGGUGCAACUAUUCGUUUUUGUAUUAUAUACAUAUUAUAUUUAUUUUUGUGAACUUGUAAAAGGGUCAGUUUCCUGAUACAAUGUGAUUUUUUUUAUUCUAUAUUUACUCAUAUUAUGGACCAGUGAAGUUGGUUCUUAUGUUGGAACCUACUCGAAAUAUUCGUCACCGAUUAUGUCAAUGUUGGUGUAGUUGGUAUGAGUUGGUCAAUAAAACGAAGAACAAUUUUACUGGUAUUGAAUAAGGUGGCCAGAAAAAAGCCUACGAAGUUUCGAAAAUACUUUCAGUUCGCCCUCUGGUGGAUUUCCCUUGAAAUUGAAACUAUUAAAUCUCUCCACAUAACUAUUCCCAUAUAAAUUCAAAGUAGGACUCCCUAUUUUCGAAAUAUUUCAAUUCUAUUUCAACAAUAUUAAAAAUAUUGUUCCCAAUCUUCUAACGAAAUCUGUGUUCUUCAUAGUCUUCUUACAUUGGUUUUUUUCUGGUCACCCCUUACUAAUUAUCAACUGAUUAUCGUUCCAUAAGAACGCUUGAAUUUUUUUUCUGUGAAAAAAAUUAUAUCGCUGUGGGAUUGUUAGAACUGUAAAAAUAUCAUAUAUCAUUCGACUAAUAUUGCAUGUUACGCAUAAGAAAACUGUCAAUUUCGACGAACAUGUAACAAUACUUGUAGAUUUGAAAUCACUUCACUCCUAUUCAACUACGUAAGACGAUACUUUACAAUAAUAAAAGAGAGGACGAAAAUAAGACUUUUCACGAGAAAACCUACAUAUUCAGCCAUUAAACUUUUAACAGACAGACUUGCAUUCUAAAACAUACAACAUAAAUAUCCAGACAAGGUUCAAAAUAAACAAUGGCUUCGUAAACUUCACAUGUGAUGUAUGAGGUAAAACUCAAUAUACUGUUUGUUGAUCAAUUUGAUGGACAUUAAUCAUGAACUUGUAAAUUAUUACUGCCAUCUACUGGACGUAUAAUUUUAUUCUUUUACAAAUACCGUUUCAUGAACUUAGCAUUUAAUCUUUCGGAAUCAACACGAAAAUGAAACCACGUAAAGUGAGAUUUAUAUACGUAAUUAGAAUAAAUUGAAAUAUGGAAUGUACGUGGGAGGGUGAGAAAGAAUAAUACCUAAUAUUUCAAUAAAAUGCAUAUACUUUCGAACUAUGUUAUUUAAUGCAUAUACACGUUUAAUAAUAAAAAUUGAAAAACCCAAAAUACAUUUUCUUUGAUAGAUACACUUUCUAAUAAUUUCAGAAGGAAUUUAAGGAAGAAAAUUUUGUAUUUCUUUUCAGUUGCGAAGAGAAAUCUUAUUGGAUAUCUUCAGAGCCAUAACGAGUGCCAUACAUAUAUCUACAUUCGAAUAUUUCGGGACCACGUGAAAAACUUUUAUUGAAAUAUUAGAUGAUAUUUUGUAUAAUUAAUUGUGAAUAUUUGUAUAAUAUUUGAUACGUAAGUAAUUUCGUAGUGUCAUAAACAAAAACUUUUGUAAUAAGAAUCCAUAACCUUUUGUACUUACAAUAAUAAAUUUAUCGAUAUGUAAAUAUACGUGUAUGUACCAGUUGAAGCUGCUGUAGUUGAUGUGAAAUUAAAUAUUGUCAACUUAUAUUAAUGAAUACUAUGGCUUCACUAAUUUACAAUAUGAUAAAACAUAUCAAAUAUGGCAUCAUCUGAAAUUAUAACAGCUUUCGAUUCAUUUUAUGCUUGAUUUUUCUGUGAGAAUUGAAAUUUUAAUUUGAAGGCCUAGAAAUUCAUUUGGCCAAUUUCGAAAAAUACUCUUUGUUCAUUAAUACUGAUUUAAAAUUGUAUGUGAACGUUUUGUGAUAUUUUGUCCCUUUUUCUGAAUUUCAAUUGGCGACGAAGCACAAAAUUAUUUUUCUGUAUAUUUACUUUUAUACAUUUUGUACAGUGAUCAUUUUAUUUAUAAGAAUGAGUGUAAAAAAACCUAAAGCUAAUUGUCUGUAUGCUUCGAAAUGUAUACGAUCUUAAAUAUAUUUUAUUGUUCAAA